GGUGACUAGGGAGACUUCAAUGGUAGAGAUUCAAUUUGAAGCGGAUGAUUAUGGUGGCGACUUCUCAGGAGCAGUUAUAGAUACAUAAUCUUUUAUUCUCCCAUUUGAUUUGUUUCCUUUUAUUUUGUUAUAAUCACAGAUCUCAGGAGCAGUAUUUAGAAUUGGAGUUAUUUUCUUUAAAUUUUGGUCAUAAUGAUUUGCUUCGUCAAUUCUCAGAACUAAAAUUGAUGAAAUACUAGUACGAGGGAUAUCUAAGAAAAAUUUAAAGAAUAGGCUAUAUUAUCAUUUGAAGCUGUAUCAUAGAAUCUAGGAAGACAAUUUAUUUCUUAAUUAUAAAGAAGACUUGACUUGAUACAAUUGUCAUAUUAACGAUUUAGUUUCCAGGAGACCCCGGUUUAAGAAUAUGCUUUCUCUGAGAGAAGAACUAAAGUAGACCCCGCCAACGAAUCUUGUUGGAUGUUCUACUAAUCUUAAUUUCGUAUAUGCUUAAUUUGUCUGAGAGGAAAGAGAAGUUUUAAUUUCGGCUUUCAUGGCGAUUGAAGAUGAGAAUAUGAGAUGAAGUGUGAGUAAAUCAAGAUGGAAAUCAUGGGUUUUGGUAUUAGUACUGAUUCCUAUAAUCUUGAAGUUAUUCUACCUUUUGGGAAUCUAUUUAAACCCAAUGAAGAACACCCAAUCUUUUUAUAUAUCUGUGUCAAUUGUUAAUAGAGGAAAAGGGUUGUCAUAUAGCUACAGCUGCUAAUUGAGGAUUCUGCAAACUUCAAGUUUCCGGGGAUAUUAUACAUUAACUAGAUCAGAUCGAGACGAUGGGAAACGAUGAAAAAAAAGUUCAACUUAAAGUAUAUGUUGACAAAAAGAAGAAAAAAGUGAUGUUCGCCGAAGCUGAUGAAGACUUUGUGGAAAUCCUCUUUAGUUUUUUCACUUUGCCUCUGGGAACAAUCGCAAAACUCUCAAGAAAGCAUGUAGACUCGAAUGCUAUAAAAGUCGGAAGCCUAACCUCUCUGUAUGAAAGUAUCAUAAAUCUCAAUGAAAAACAUUUCUCCAACGAGCAUUGUAAAGAUGCACUGAUUAAUCCAAGCAAUUCAUCAGCAUCUUUUUGCCAGAAGCUUAAAGUAAAUCUAGAUGAAACAAAGCCCAUUAUCUCUUCUAGUGUGCCUCAGGAGCUUAAAGUAAAUGUAGAUGAUGCAGUGUUUUUGAAAAAGAAAGCUUCUUUCAUCAUAACUGACGAUCUCAAUGUAGUUCCUGUGAUGCUGGAUACAAGCAUCGUACUCCUUUGUUCACUUGGUGUUGAAUACAUUGAUCUGCUAGAAGAGAUAAUCAUGCCUUUUGGAUUGGAAGAGUUCUCGAAUCUACUUAAGUGGUCAUUGUUAACGAAUAAUCCUUUGACAAAUCUGGUGCUUGGGGGAAGUAACCCAUGUCCAUGUUCAUCGUGUGACAAAAACUCAGCGAGUGAUUCGGCUUUGACUUCCGUUGACUCUAGCGAGACUCAGACUCGGACUCAGACGACUCAGACGCCUAAGACUCAGACUCAAACUCAGACAAUGAAAUUACUAGUACAAAAGUCAACGAAGAAGGUAUUAUGUGCACAAGUGGAGAAUCAUUUCGUGGAAUUGCUCUUCAGCUUCCUAACCAUUCCGUUGGGUGCUUACGAACGUUUAACGAAGGAUAAUAAUUCUUCUUCAGUGGGUAUAAGUAAUUUGUACAAAAGUAUUUCAUCUUUGGGAGAUGGAAAAUACUUGAAAUCUGAGGAUGUGAAGAACAUGUUACUUCGCCCAAAGCUUGCACCAAAUUAUCUUCGUGUGACUAACUUUCUGCCAAUUUAUGAAGUAGAUACACGCCCAGGUCGUUUCCUUAAAGAGCAAGCAACAUUCAUAGUUUCUGAUGAUCUGGAAGUGACAGUCUCUCCAUCUGUAGCUACAAUUACAAAGUUCAACACACUUGGUGUUGCCGUUUGUGAUAUCGAGGUUCUGGAAGUGACUGUAGGUGAACAAGAGGCACUUUUAAUUCUCAAGUCUUCUCUUACCUCAACAUCUGCUUUAACCGACUACCUCAACGCAUUGAGGAAGAAACCAAAGGCAUGAUCAUCGAUUUGAAGUCCAUCUUAAUUGGUUAUUGAUGUAUAUAUAUAGUCAUGAUAUAUAUAUAUAUAUAUAUAUAUAUAUAUAUAUAUAUAUAUAUAUAUAUAUAUAUAUAUAUAUAUAUAUAUAUAUAUAUAUAUAUAUAUAUAUAUAUAUAUUUGUUCUAGUAACGGUAUUGUUAAGUGUACAUAUAGGCACUUCGUGAGAUUGUGUAUAUUAUUCAUUUGUAAUGCACACGUUGUACUUGUUGUCGUUGAAUUGUUUGCAUUAUAUUUUAUCAUUGAA